AUGCUCAGGGAGCUGGCACAGCAAGUCCUCCUCCCUCCUUCCACCUCUCUUGGCCCAUCCAGCAUCCCACUGAACAGCAUCCUUGGUGUGAGCAUCAUGGCAGAUGUUGUGUGGGGACUCACUUCCCCUCUUGGUGUACAUAUGCACCUCACCUUUGCACUCUCUGCCUUGUGCACCCCUAUGCCCAUAGCGCUGUUCCUCAAAGUGUUUGGGAUGGCUCUCACAGGGUUGUUAGUGCUCAUCUGGGUGUAUGUGGGUGGGAGGAUGGCUGUCUUGGCCAUGGGAGGGAGUGUGGUCUGGGCAGCUUUGUUGGUGGAGGGUGAGGAGGUGCUGGUGCAGGAUGAUGUGCUGAGAGAGGAGAUGAUGCAUGUUGGGGAGAGGACAAGAGAAGGAUUGGACUUGGCAUGA